GACGAGACAUGCCAAGAUGACCAUAAGCUUCUCUCAGGCUUUAGUCUGAAGACGGCAGUGCUGCACAUACGCUGGGUGUGAGUUUCUUACACAUGAAAUAGUAUUUCCAGUAUGAUUGGAGAAAGCACGGGGACGUGCGUGUUGGUCACGCUGGCCGGUCUGAUGUUACUAAAGUCAGGUUAUGGUCAGCAUAUGGCAGAGGAGCCCUGCUCAGUCCAAAUCCUUGUUCCAGGACUUAAAGGGGACGUAGGGGAGAAGGGGGAGAAAGGAGCACCUGGAAGACCUGGCAGAGUGGGGCCACCUGGAGAGAUGGGACCCGCUGGACUUAAAGGACAAAAAGGUAUCAUGGGGCGUUAUGGAAAAAUGGGUCCCCCUGGAUUAAAAGGUUUAAAGGGUGAUAUGGGAGAUCCAGGCCCCAAAGGUGAAAAUGGAGACCCAGGGCUCUCGUGCGAGUGUGCUCCCUUACGAAAGAUGAUUGGUGAAGUUGAUAAUCAGGUGACGCAGUUAACCAGUGAACUGAAAUUCAUUAAAAAAGCACUGCCCUCCCCUGCAGCUGUCGCUGGCAUUAAAGAGACAGACAGUAAGGUGUACCUGCUGGUGAAGGAGGAGAAGCGUUACAGAGAUGCUGAGCUCUACUGCCAAGGCAGGGGUGGGCACCUGGCCAUGCCCAAAGAUGCCAGUGCAAACAGGGCUAUUGCUGGCUACAUAACAGAAGCUGGACUUAGCAGAGUGUACAUCGGCAUUAAUGACCUGGAGCAUGAGGGACACUUUGUCUAUGUGGAGCGCUCACCUAUGAGCACCUUUACCAAGUGGCGGGAAGGAGAACCCAAUAAUGCUUAUGACGAAGAGGACUGUGUGGAACUCGUGUCCUCGGGGGAGUGGGUUGAUGUGGCUUGCUCUCUUACCAUGUAUUUUUUGUGUGAGUUUGACAAAGACAUGAUUUGAGUAGCUUUAACUUUUGGGGGAA